AUGACAAGACCAACCGAUAUACAAUCAUUGGUGCUAAUUCAAGACAAGCAGUUACCCGUGGUUUACCUGAGGUCGAUCGCGGUUAUCUCCAACUUUGUGAUUACCCAUGAUACAAAAGUAAUCAUUCUUGACUUGUUAUCGCUGUCUGGUGAUAGAUUCCCGUAUGGGGAUUUGGGACGCCAUAUCCAGCAGGAAUUACUAAAAUCCAGCCAACUUUUACAGGAUGAGUACUUGGGACGGCUAAAUAAGGUACUAGGCUCGAUAAGUUACUUAUCCAGCGACUCACUUGUUGAUUUGCUAGAGCAAUUGAAACUGCUCAAACUGGAAGGAUCAUUGGCAGGUAUUGGUCAGGUCGUGGUGAAUGGGAUGAAUAAAUGGUAUCAUCAGAAUAUAAGUGCAGGGAAAAGGGCGAUGGAGUACUUACGGAUAAUGAUGAUGUUGAAGGAGAUUAGUGCCAACACCACCACGCAGAUUAUUAUGACUGAUAAUGAGUAUGUGGGGGCUCAAUCAGUGAUGGCGUCUUAA